UACUUAGAGCUUUUAAUGAAUUUCCUUUUGCACAGACAUCAGAUAGUAGUGGAAAACGAAAGCUGCAACAGCUCUCAACUACUGCAAGAUAUGGCCGAUAGGAAAGUGGGACCUUGGCGCCUUAACGGUAACAAUACUGAAGGCUCACAGACCCAGCAUGAUGAAGAAGAAAGAGCAAUUGUUAAGACUGAAGCCGAAAAUUUCUCUAAUCACCGAGAGCUUUCUGCUAGUCCGAGAACAAAUAACGCAUUCUCAUCCAACUACAAAUCCGACAACCAGUCGAUUUCAACGAGCUACCAAUCAUCAGCACAAUCAGAUUCCGAUGUGUGCUCAGGACGCAGUACAGUGGUGUCCACCCCUCUGGCCACCUUAGGAUUCUUUCCUGGUGCAAACAUGCGAGAGGGAGAUCUAAAUUCUCAGUAUCAUUUCAACACAUCAAACCUAGAAACAUCAACUGUUGCCCUGACAGGAGUCUCUUCUACAGCCGCUCUAUACUUGCCCACAUCGCAACAUACCAAGUUAUACCCAUUUCAGUUCCAAGAUUCCGCCGGACAAGCUCAAGCAGUUCCUUGUUCUUCAGCCGCUAACUUAUGGCCUCAGAACCCAGAAGACUAUGCAGCGAAGUUUGGACAAAGAUUAGCCGCCUUCUCGUCACAACACGGCCAAGCUACCAGCCUGCCUUGGCCAACCUACUCCCCUUAUCUCAGCCCAGAACUUACUGCAGGGUGGAUCAGCUACGACACUGCCACCGGGGCCACCGCUAACAGCGGCUUUCAAUACGGAAUACAGGGGAUUGGAUCAUUAAACCAACCAAUCGGCCGGAGAGCCACCCGUGACGCAACCACUCUUUCUCGACAAAGCACGGGUCUCUCUCAGGCUCCCUUAGGGCUAAGUUCUUUACCUUAUGCUUUCUACCCAUCUUCUAGCGUUAUCUCUUCCAAUCAAGCAGCAGUUGCACAGCGAUCAUCUCCUGCAUUAGCCUUACCCACGUCAAUCCAGCACGCCACUUCUGCGUCUGCCAUUGCCUACAACCAGAAUAGCCUUCGCACUCAAGCAGUAGCCUACCAGCAGCUGCUCCAAGGACUGCCAUCCGUACAGAACCCUACGUCAUUUCCGGGGAUCUUUUCCACUGAAAUAAGAGCUAAACCUAUAAGUAGUGAUGCAGGUGAUUCCAAAGCAGAACAAAGCACACUCGAGUCAAGUGAUGAAGAACAGGAAAAUGAAAUAAAAUUCCACAACAUUGCCGAUAUCAUUAAUAGUGAGGCAGAGUUCAGUGAAGUUUGA